GAGCGCUAGCUAAGCCAUCCUCGUUUGCCUAGCUUCCUUCCCCCUUCCAAAUUCUCAUCAGCCGCGCCCGCGCGCGAUCCCAUGGCGGACAAGAUCAAGACGGUGGUGGUGCUGGUCCAGGAGAACCGCUCCUUCGACCACAUGCUCGGGUGGAUGAAAUCGCUCAACCCGGAGAUCGACGGCGUGACGGGUGCCGAGUUCAACCGCGCCACCGCCGGGGACGAGACGUCCCCGGCCGUCCACUUCGGCGACGGCUCCGUGUACGUCGACCCUGACCCGGGCCACUCCUUCCAGGCCAUCUACGAGCAGGUGUACGGCGACGCCUACACUUGGGGGGUCACCUCGCCGGCGACCAAGCCCGGGGUGCCCGUGCCGCCGAUGAGCGGGUUCGUGCAGGAGGCGGAGAAGGAGCGCGCCGGCAUGUCGCGCACGGUGAUGAACGGCUUCCGCCCCGACGCCGUGCCGGUGUACCGCGAGCUGGUCAAGGAGUUCGCCGUCUGCGACCGGUGGUUCGCCUCCGUGCCGUCGUCGACGCAGCCCAACCGGAUGUUCGUCCACUCGGCGACCUCCCACGGCCUCGUCAGCAACGACGGCAAGCAGCUCCGCGCCGGCCUGCCGCAGCGCACCAUCUUCGACGCCCUCCACGACGCCGGCCACUCCUUCGGCGUCUACUACCAGUUCCCGCCCUCUGUGCUCUUCUACAGGAACAUGAGGCAGCUCAAGUACUUGGGCAACUACCACCCGUACGACGUGGCGUUCAAGCGCGACUGCAGGGAGGGCAAGCUCCCCAACUACGUCGUCAUCGAGCAGCGCUACUUCGACCUCAAGCUCCUCCCCGGCAACGACGACCACCCGUCCCACGACGUCGCGCAGGGCCAGCGCCUCGUCAAGGAGGUCUACGAGGCGCUCCGCUCCGGCCCGCAGUGGCACGAGACGCUGCUCGUCGUCACCUACGAUGAGCACGGCGGCUUCUUCGACCACGUGCCCACCCCGGUCACCGGCGUCCCCUCCCCGGACGGCAUCGUCAGCGCCGCCCCCGUGCUGUUCGGCUUCGACCGCCUCGGCGUCCGCGUGCCCACGCUCCUCGUCUCGCCGUGGGUCGAACCCGGCACGGUGGUGCACGCGCCGGACGGGCCCGAGCCGACGUCGCAGUACGAGCACUCGUCGAUCCCCGCGACGGUGAAGAAGAUCUUCGGGCUCAAGGAGUUCCUCACGAGGCGGGACGCGUGGGCGGGCACGUUCGACACGGUGCUCACACGGGCCACGCCGAGGGCGGACUGCCCCGCCAAGCUGCCGGAGCCCGUGCGGCUGCGCGAGGCGGAGGCGGAGGAGCACCGGGAGAUCUCCGAGUUCCAGGCCGAGCUGGUGCAGCUCGGCGCCGCGCUCAACGGCGACCAUGACAAGGAAGGCUACGACCCCGAGGGCCUCGUCCAGGGGAUGACCGUCGCCGCCGCCGCCGCCUACUGCGGCGACGCGUUCGACCUGUUCCGGGAGGAGUGCCACCGCUGCAGGGACAGCGGCAUGGACGGCUCGCACGUCCCGAUGGUGCAGCCAGCUCCAGCUCCAGCUCCGGCUCCGGUCGACCCGCCGGAGCCGGCGCCGGCGAGGCCGUCGGCUCUGUCCAAGCUGUGCGGCUGCCUCCCCUGCUUCAACGCGUCGUAGG